AUGGACGUCACUGCAGCAGGUGCUCAGCUCUCCCGCGCCGACGCUCUCCUCGACGCCUUCCACGGCUUCCGCACCGAACUCGACGCCCAUUACGCCCAGCGAGAACGGAUCGUCAAGCUCUCGCGCGACGUUACAGCGCUCUCGAAGCAGCUCAUCUUUGCCCUGCAUCGAAUCGGAGGCGGGAGAAGCAGGAAGCAGGUGUUCAAGGAGGUCGAGGGCAAGAUGGCGGAUCUGAGGGUGUUGUUCGAGAAGUUGCAGGGCGAGGUGCAGGGCGCAGACUUCUGGAGGUACCAGCGGAGCGUCAGCCCCGGCAUCCAGGAAUACCUCGAGGGCUUCACCUUCUACUACUACCUCCAGCACCACUCCUUGCCGACUCUCGAAGAAGCGCAGGCUUCGCUCGUUCCGCCAACACCUCAACCUGCCGCAUCCGCCUCCGUUCCCACUUCCGCUCCUACCAACGAACUCUCAGACACCGCCGCUACCGAUCAGCCCGUCGAAGCCGCACCCUACUUCCGCGUCACGAUUGACGACUACCUCGGCGGCGUGGCAGACCUGACGGGCGAGUUGAUGCGGUUGGCGAUCGCUUCCGUCGGGAAGAACCUGAGUGACUCGCUCGCCGGAGGUGACGGAGGAGGCGACUUUGCCAGCAUUGACAAGAUCGGAAGGCUGGUCAGGGAGAUCAAGGGCGAGAUGGAUCCGCUUGCGCCGUACGCGUAUUGGCUGCCGAAGAAGCUGCAGGUGCUUGACCAGUCGCUUGGCAAGAUCGAGAACGCCUCGUACAACCUCCGCAUCCGCGGCGCCGAGUACAAGGACUCGCCGGCCAUGCUGCAGGCCCUCGCGCGACGGAUGGCCGAGGGAGGAGGCGAGCGACGAGGAGGCGAGGAGGUCGAGGCGAGUGCUUGA